AUGGCUUCUUCGAUUUCCUCAUCGAAACGUUCGCUUUCGUCUGAAGAAAAAGAAAACGAUCAAAAACUUAACAAUGAUAGUUCCAACAAGAAGUUGAAAACAACUCUUGACAGUCUACAAGAAAUUCGGCUUAAAAUAAUAGAAGAAUUUCGGAAACGUAAUCUUGAAAUUCCUCUUCAUUUAAUCAAUACAAUUGACCGAUCAGAAACAAGUGAAACAAAUCGUAAUGAUGCAGAAUAUCGUAAAGAACUGUAUGCUCGUCUGUCGGAAUAUCUUGAUCGUCGCCAAGUUGGAAAUCGAGAUCAACCGUAUAUUUUUCCUGAUCUCUUCCAUCAACUGAUACGUUAUCGAUUUCCAAAUGAUAUUCGUGCAUAUCAAAGGGUGUGGAUGUAG